CCGUUUCUCCUGCCGCGACAUUUCUCUAACCAUGCCGUAUUCGAUUUCCUCUCACACUAUUAUAAAAGCGCGCACAUGAUUUUCAUAGAAUUCCCCAAGUGAUCGAAGUGACUAUUUCCAUAAAGUGAAGUGAUUAUGUUCAUAGCGACCUUUAGGCAGUCCCUCCCUAACCAUGCUCACCGUGCCAGUUACCGUGUUGCUGAUCAUCAUCGUUGGUCUGGUUAACAGUCAGAGCAGUACCAGUCCGGCCUCGGCCAAUCCUAAGCCGACAACGAGCGGUCUAGGCGGUGACCUCAGCGACAGCCCCAUCUCCGACACCUUCCCCUACCCCGUUGUUGCCGAUAACGUUAUCGGCCAGCCGAAUUUCGCCCAAGGAAAUCGGGAAAUUGGUUCACUGGGCGCCGACGUCUUCCUACCAGCCCGAAAAAUGUCUCCGCCCGACGAUAGCCCUCAAGGCCAAGGGCAGGGUACGUUCCGUGCAGAGGGAGGCCAGUCGAACUACACCCGCGUGCCGCUGAAUCAGGCCCAGAUCCCAGCGUCAGUCCCGCUAAAAAAAUCCCGCCUCACCUACCGGCAGCAGUGGCAGGUCGCGGGUGACCACACCCUAAUGGAAAGACACCAAUUCCGCUAUAAUAAGACAAAGAUUAUGGAAUCCAAGAGCAAACCAGUAACAACGGGGACAUUUGCCGCAGGCCUGCUGCCAUAGGUGUUUUUGGAACUAGGAGAACGAAAACAAAGUUUUCGACUGACGUUGGAUUUUUUGUACAGACUCACUUGGUUUUACAUAAAUCGGAUUCAAAAUGCCAGCAUUUAAGUGCGUGUACGUGAGAGGAACGUCGACAUGGCUGGCCUCAUCAUUCUGCGGUUCAACAACUGCCUUUGUU